AUGACUGACGUUCCUCUUCCUGAAUGCCUUCCAAAGCCAGAAGAACCGAAAGCUGCAGAACCACAACAGUCUCCUCAGCAACCUCAGUUCCAGCAAGUACCUCCGAAUUACUACCAAUUUCCACCUCAAGGUUACUACCCACCACAAGGCUUCCCGAACUACCCUCCUCAGCCUAUGCCUUACUUCCCCAACCCUUGGUUGUUCCAGCAAGCUCCACCCCAGCAAUUCCAAUUCCAAUCUCAAUCGAAGAGAGACCAAGACUUCGAAGAAGGGCUGAACCUCUUACGCAAAGAGUAUGCUACAGCUCCAAUUGAGAGAAAGUUGUUCCCGGACCAAAAAAUAAUGUUUAGGGUAGAUGGUUAG